UAACGUCUACUUACCUAUUCUCUAAGCAAACAACAAACAAGAAGUCAGAAGUUAUCUAGUACCUGUCUACCUAUGUCAGAAGUUUCAUUCGAUCUUUUCUAGGUUAUGUGGUAUAUACAAAGAUACCUACAAGUAUUUUUUUCUUUUUGGGUAGAUAUCUUACCUCUAUACACAUAGUAAAAACCGUCUGUUUAUUCGUUGCAUAAAUUUAAUAAAAUGAAUUUAUCAUCAAUUCUUGAUAAAUAUUCUAAAGAUUCAGACAAGAUAGUUUAUAUGCGUGUGUAUGAUACUCCUGUUGGAAAUUUAAUUGCUGCAGGCGAUGAAAAAUAUCUGUAUAUGUUAGUAUCGAUAGAUUCAAAGAAUUUUGAAAAGCAUUUCAAAGUUGUUUCAGAACAAUUAACAUGUCAUUUUGUUGAAGGGAGUACCAAAGUUUUGGAUACAUUGAAUGAUGAAAUAACGGCUUAUUUUGAUGGAAAGCUUAAGAUAUUUUCCGUACCAAUGCAAACAUUUGGUUCCGAUUUUCAAAAGCAAGUAUGGAAAAAACUGCAGGAGCUACCUUUUGGUAUUACUCAGACCUAUGGUGACCUUGCAAAGUCUUUAGGCAUGGACUCCAGUCAUUCCCGGGCAGUUGGUGCAGCUUGUGGUGCAAAUGCACAUCUUAUUGUUAUACCCUGCCACCGAGUGAUUGCAUCUGGCUCAAAAGGUGGUUUUAGUUCUGGAGUAGACAGAAAGGAAAAGUUACUAGAUCAUGAGAAAAAAUAUUGCACAUAGAAUAUCACUAUGUUGAAUUUUUGGAUCAAGAUAGAUACAAAAUUUCAAGUAGGUAAUCUCUUCUCAGUCUGGAAACUUUGUAAUGUGAACAUACAAAAUCCACCAAUAAUAAAAUGAAAAAAUUUGGAAUUAUGUAAUUUUUUUAUAUUGGGACUACCUGAAGCCAGUACGUACAUUACCUCCAAUAAAUAACUAGGUACCUAUACCUAAGUAUAAAUAAAAAUGUUUUAAUUGUU